AUGGUCCUCGUGCGGAGCGAGAAUGGGCAGCUGCUGAUGAUCCCUCAGCAGGCUCUGGCCCAGAUGCAGGCCCAGGCCCACGCCCAGGCCCAGCCUCAGACCACCAUGACUCCCCGCCCUGCCACCCCCACCAACGCCCCUCCUGUCCAGAUCUCCACUGUACAGGCACCUGGGACGCCAAUCAUUGCCCGGCAGGUGACCCCAACUGCCAUAAUUAAGCAAGUGUCUCAGGCACAGACAACGGUGCAGCCCACCAGCACGCUGCAGCGCUCGCCCGGGGUCCAGCCUCAGCUUGUUCUGGGUGGUGCUGCCCAGACAGCUUCACUCGGGACGGCGACAGCUGUUCAGACCGGGACACCUCAGCGAACGGUCCCAGGGGCGACCGCCACCUCCACAGCUGCCACGGAAACUAUGGAAAAUGUGAAGAAAUGUAAAAAUUUUCUAUCUACAUUAAUAAAACUGGCUUCAUCUGGUAAACAGUCUACGGAGACGGCAGCCAACGUGAAAGAGCUAGUACAGAAUUUACUGGAUGGGAAGAUGGAAGCGGAGGACUUCACCAGCAGGUUAUACCGAGAACUUAAUUCCUCGCCUCAGCCUUACCUCGUGCCUUUCCUGAAGAGGAGCUUACCCGCCUUGAGACAGCUGACCCCCGACUCCGCGGCCUUCAUCCAGCAGAGCCAGCAGCAGCCGCCCCCUGCCUCGCAGGCCACCACCGCACUCACAGCCGUGGUGCUGAGCGGCUCAGUCCAGCGCACGGCCGGGAAGACGGCGGCCACCGUGACCAGCGCCCUCCAGCCCCCUGUGCUCAGCCUCACGCAGCCCACGCAGGUGGGCGUCGGCAAACAGGGACAGCCCACACCGCUGGUGAUCCAGCAGUCUCCGAAGCCAGGAGCCCUGAUCCGGCCCCCGCAGGUGGCAUUGACGCAGACGCCCAUGGUGGCCCUGCGGCAGCCGCACAGCCGCAUCAUGCUGACCGCACCCCAGCAGAUCCAGCUGAACCAGCUGCAGCCAGUCCCCGUGGUGAAACCUCCCGUGUUACCUGGAGCCAAAGCCCUGUCCACCGUGUCAGCACAGGCGGCCGCUGCACAGAAAAACAAGCUCAAGGAGCCUGGGGGAGGUUCGUUUCGGGAUGAUGAUGACAUUAAUGAUGUUGCAUCAAUGGCUGGAGUGAACCUGUCAGAAGAAAGUGCAAGGAUAUUAGCCACAAACUCUGAACUCGUGGGCACGUUGACGCGGUCCUGUAAAGACGAGACCUUCCUCCUCCCUGCGCCUUUACAAAGACGGAUAUUAGAGAUAGGUAAAAAACACGGCAUAACGGAAUUGCAUCCUGAUGUAGUAAGUUAUGUAUCACACGCCACACAACAGAGGCUACAAAAUCUUGUAGAAAAAAUAUCGGAAACAGCUCAGCAGAAGAACUUCUCGUACAAGGAUGACGACAGAUACGAGCAGUCGAGUGAUGUCCGGGCUCAGCUCAAGUUUUUUGAACAGCUUGAUCAGAUGGAGAAGCAGAGGAAGGAUGAGCAGGAACGGGAGAUCCUGAUGCGGGCUGCAAAGUCUCGAUCCAGACAAGAAGAUCCUGAACAGUUAAGGUUGAAACAGAAGGCAAAAGAGAUGCAGCAGCAAGAGCUGGCGCAGAUGCGACAGCGGGAUGCCAACCUCACGGCGCUCGCGGCCAUUGGGCCCAGGAAGAAGAGGAAAGUGGAUGGUCCUGGGCCAGGCACAGGCACAGAGGGGUCGGGCCCAGGCUCGGUUGUCCCAGGCAGCUCUGGCGUCGGAACCCCCAGACAGUUCACGCGACAAAGAAUCACGCGGGUCAACCUCAGGGACCUCAUAUUUUGUUUAGAAAAUGAGCGUGAGACAAGCCAUUCACUGCUGCUCUACAAAGCAUUCCUUAAGUGACACAGGACCUGCAUGGUGUUUGUGACAGAGACGCCUGGGGACGUUUUUAUAUAUUUGCAGAUUACGCCUUUUUGUAACAAGCAAAUGGGAUAUUGUUUAAAAAACAGCCACCUCUUUACAAUGGAACAGUUUUAUAUUCCUGUUUCUAAAUCAGCUCUUCAGUAUGGAAGAAAAUACGUUUCUGUAACAGAGAGAACACAAAGGCCUGUGGAUACUCUUAAAGGACAAUUUAAUCUUAACUCAUCUUUGAUUGAGUGGCCUUCUUGCCAAACAAGCCAUAUAUAAAGACUGAUGGAAUCGUUUAGCAAAUAAUUAGCUGCCCUCUGUCACCUCGUAGCGGCCCCUGUAUUAUUUGUGCAUCUCGUUUCUGCUCACCUGACUCACUGUGCGGGUGUGCGUCUGCAGUCCAUGACCUCAUUUCAUUUAUUUUAUUUUUGUAAUAGUCAGUUGGCAAAGCAAACUGAUUUUUUAGACUAUUUAUCUCCCCCUCCCCACCCCCCUUUCAGAAUUCUUGAGGACACACGAUUUGUUGUCACUGUCCCGUCGGAGUGUAAUCACAUUUCUGCCCAGGAGAGGCAGAGCCCGGCACAGGUGGGCUCCCUCUGAGUGUGUGGUCAGCAUCUGUACAAAUGCAUUUUAUUUGCUAUAGUUUGUAAAGCUGUAAAGUUAAAAGAAAUGAAAACAUUUUCAGCAUAAAUAUAUUUUACUUGCACUGUGUUUUUUAGCUAAAAGUGAAAACUUAGAUUAAAUAAAAUCAAAGUUGAGAAGAAUCAUCAAAGACUGUUUCUCAGUGUGAAUCAAGUUGAAAAAUGGUUGGUGUAUUUUGUCAGUGAUUGUACAUAAUCUUUGGCACACGACAUAGAUGGCUCUGUAAACUAUAAUUAUUUUGCUAAGAGACUGUAUGCAAGCCUCGGGCCCACUUUACAGGUGCCUAGAGCAAAGCCCCUUCUUUGUACCUAUUUUUUUAUUACAAAUAUACUAAUUGGUUCUUUAUAUUUUCAGAGGUUAUUGUAUGAAAUUGUCUAUUGAUAGUACUUUUAUGACUGUAAAUACUCUGGCUUUCUCGUGUGAAUUCUCACAUCAGACUUUAAUUCGAGCGCGUGUGAACUGAACGCUGACAGUAUUUUUUAUCAACCUUGAGAACUGUUACACCUUUUAUUUUGUCUUUUAGAAAAUCCCUGUCUUUCCAUUUUUUCAUGUAAAUUUUGCACAGUUACUUGUUCAUAUGUAAAUAUUUUACUUUCAGAAAUGAAGUUUUUAAUUGCUAUUGUUUUAUAUAGGAUUGAAAGAAAAUUAACUCCUUUAUUAAAAACAAAUUUAUCUGUA